GGCGCGCUCAGCGGAAGGGGCCGAACAGGAAAGGGCCGCACAUACACGUCACAGGAGGAAACAGAGAAAUACUGUGCGAUGUUCGGUUCCUGUCAAUGUUUAUUGACACCACUUUCCAUGCGUGUCCGCGGAACCGUCGCCGGUUCAACAGCAACUUUGUGUCGUCAGUUGUCGCUUCGUGCCGCCGCUUCUGGGCCUCGCAGCCCGCGCGGGGCUGACGGUGUCUCCCACUUCCCGUCCACGGACCACACUGUCGCGGGGAGCCGCCGCCGCCGCCGCUGCCGCUGCUGACAAGAAGAGGGGACGACAUUGGAACAGGGCUCCACUCCGACCCGCCCGCUGAAGAAACGCUCUCCUUGUCCCCCAGUCGAGCUCGAGCUCCGCCGACGCGAGCCCCGCAGAGAGUCAUUCGCGCGGCCAGCCGCCGCAGACCCGCGGCGGUUCCAGGACAGCGGAUUCUUUUGACCACAUUCUGGGUCCAAGCCGAUGAUAGGGUCGCCGAUGGAAGCCUUCGCCCGAUAGUCCUCCCUCCAUUCCUCCCCUCUCCUUCCUGGACCCUGGCUGCCGGGGCUGCCGCCGGAUCCCCAGCUCCCGGUGCUCGCACCGAACAUGGCAGGGAACCUGAAGAAAGGCGGGGGGCUCAUCGGAAUGAUGAAGGACGCGUUCCAGCCUCACCAUCACCACCUCCAUACCCAUCACCAGCCCGGGGCCGUGGACAAGAAGACGGUGGAGAAGUGCUGGAAGCUGAUGGACAAGGUGGUACGUCUCUGCCAAAACCCGAAACUGGCUCUCAAGAACAGCCCGCCCUACAUCCUUGACUUGCUGCCAGACACCUAUCAGCACCUGCGCACUAUUUUAUCUCGGUAUGAAGGCAAGAUGGAGACUCUGGGCGAGAAUGAGUACUUCCGGGUCUUUAUGGAGAACUUAACCAAGAAGACCAAGCAGACCAUCAGCUUUUUCAAGGAAGGCAAGGAGCGCAUGUAUGAGGAGAACUCACAACCCAGACGGAACCUCACCAAACUGUCACUGAUCUUCAGUCACAUGCUGGCUGAGUUAAAAGCCAUCUUCCCCAAUGGCCUGUUUCAAGGUGACAACUUCCGCAUCACUAAGGCAGAUGCUGCAGAGUUCUGGAGGCGUGCCUUUGGGGACAAAACGAUAGUGCCUUGGAAGGUUUUCCGGCAGUCUCUGCAUGAGUUUCAUCCUAUCAGCUCUGGACUGGAGGCCAUGGCUCUCAAAUCCACCAUCGACCUGACGUGCAACGACUACAUCUCCGUCUUCGAAUUUGACAUCUUUACCCGGCUUUUCCAGCCCUGGUCUUCGCUGCUGCGGAACUGGAACAGCCUGGCAGUGACUCACCCCGGGUACAUGGCCUUCCUCACCUACGACGAGGUCAAAGCGCGGCUGCAGAAGUUUAUUCACAAGCCUGGAAGCUACAUCUUCAGACUCAGUUGCACCCGACUGGGACAGUGGGCUAUUGGUUACGUGACCGCGGACGGCAACAUCCUACAGACCAUUCCCCACAACAAACCGCUCUUCCAGGCUCUCAUCGAUGGCUUCAGAGAAGGAUUCUAUUUAUUCCCUGAUGGCCGACCCCAAAACCCCGACCUGACAGGUCUCUGCGAGCCAUCGCCUCAAGACCACAUCAAAGUCACGCAGGAACAAUACGAGCUGUACUGUGAGAUGGGCUCCACAUUCCAGCUCUGCAAGAUCUGUGCGGAGAAUGACAAGGACGUGAAGAUCGAGCCCUGUGGCCAUCUGAUGUGCACCUCCUGCCUCACUGCCUGGCAGGAGUCGGAGGGUCAGGGCACCGGAUGUCCCUUCUGCCGCUGUGAGAUUAAAGGUACCGAGCCCAUCGUGGUGGAUCCUUUCGACCCCAAAGACCCCAACAGUGGGGGCACCUGCAGAGGGAUGUUUGGAGCAGAAGGCGCCCCGUCGCCCAACUACGACGACGAUGAUGAUGACAGACUUGAAGACCCGCACCUCAUCAUGAGCAAGCUCGCCUGCACCAAGGUGGAGAGGCCUCCAUCCCCCAUGUCCAUGGCCCCGCAGUCCUCCCUCCCCCCUGUGCCACCUCGACUGGACCUGUUACCGCACCGACCCACCAACCCUCCGGGGGCGUCCAGUCCUGGAGUCACCUCAAAGUCAGCAUCGCACCACAAAGACAAGCCCCUCCCCCUGCCCCCAGCGCUGCGAGAUCUCCCUCCUCCCCCGCCUCCAGAGCGCCCUCACUCUGCAGGGUCGGGCAGUGAUGGGCGGCUGCCGCGGAGGCCGUUGCCCUGCACGCCCGGAGAGCCCCCUCGAGACAAGCUGCCACCCGCGCCCCCCAACCGGAACCUGGCGGAAUGGAACUCUCGGCCGGUUCCCAAGGCUCCCACCUCAUCCUCGUCGUCAUCGUCUUCUUCAUCCUCGUCCUCCUCUUCGUCAUCGUCCUCCUCCUCCUCCUCUUCAUCAUCGUCAUCGACCCAAGUCUCCAGUCUGGGCGUGGACCUGCGAGCUGGCGUCAGGGAGGUUUCCAACCGACACUCCCUGCCUCUAGCCCUGCCGUCGGCUCUGGACGCUCGCGCCGACUCCCCGAAGAACAGCUCCCUCAGCCUGGAGCAGCAGCUGGGCUUUGGAGCCGUGGUGGCUGCGGAUUACGACAACCCAAAAGUCAAGCCCUCGUCCUCGGCCAACGCCAUCUACUCGCUGGCUGUCAGACACUCGGCUCCCAGAGCAGAAGCCUGCGACUGUGAGGAGGAGUCUGAGUACAUGAUCCCCUCCUCCCGCCCCGUCCUGCUCCCCACGGUACCUGCAGCCGAGCCCCCUCAUGUGCCCAGACCACCCCCAGCACUGGGCUCACGGGUGACGGUGGCAGAGCUGGACGACAGCCCUCAGAUGUAUGAGGCCAUGUACAACAUCCAGGCGCGCGACUCGGACUACUCGGAGCUGCCUCCCUCCACGCUGAGCAACGGCCCACGAGAGCAGCCGCCUGAAGACCGCCAGGACGAGGCCAACGGCUGCGAGCCUCCCAGGCCCACGCCCCCUGCGCGCCGCACCCUCUCCGAACUGGCCGGCUCCGCCUCAGCGGCAUCGUUCGGCCGCCUCUCCCUGGACGUGGACGCUGGAGCCGUGGCCGCGCUCUCCGAGCCACUGGAGGCGCCCGAGCGGCCGCCGAAGCCCCUCCCCCGCCGGAUCAACUCGGAGCGGCGGCCCAGCCCGGCGGAGAGCAGCGCCCAGAUGAGCAGCGAGAUCCAGCAGCUGGUGAGCCAGGGCUACUCGCAGCAGGACGUCCAGAAGGCCCUGAUGAUCGCGCAGAACAACCUGGAGAUGGCCAAGAACAUCCUGCGCGAGUUCGUCUCCAUCCCCUCCAGCGCUCACGUCCUCACAUAGCGCCGCGCCCCACACACUCCUCGCCUGCGGCGGCAUCGCGCCUGCUGGCUCUGAUCUCUGUGGGGCCGCGCCCACAUGUAACACCUCAAGAAAAUGUAUAUGAAAGUUUAAUAUAUAAGUUAAUGUAUAUGAAAUCUGUGUAAUAUAUUCUGCACGUACAAAUAAACUGGGCUGGAAGGUCGGCGCGUGCAGCACACGCGGCGCAGCUCAAGCUUGCAGCGGCUGCAGAACCUCACCCGGAAGGCUCGGGCCCCCGUCUCUUUCAGCGGCGGCCUUGGUACGUUGAGAGGAACUUGGUGUGCGUCUGCCUGAGCCGCCCUCUGGUGGAAUGUGGGUCACGGGACUGAUGACGCGGCAGUACUGGACAGGCGUGAGCCGCUCGGCAGUGGUAUGGAAUAAAUGUUUUCUUUGCUAA